AUGCGCAUGCAGGCUCUAGUCAUACGCGAGAGGAUCCUCGGGCCCGCUCAUCCCGACACUAGUUAUUACAUCAGAUAUCGCGGAGCUGUCUAUGCUGACUCUGGGAAGUUUGAGAGAUGCAUCGAGCUCUGGAAUUACGCGCUGGAUAUGCAGCAGAGCAUGCUGGAGCCUCUUAAUACUAUGACUCAGAGCUCGUUGUUUAGUUUUAUUGAGUUGUUUAGUUUUAUGGUCGCCGGUGCUGAUCCAACUUGCAAGGACAAUGACGGCAACACAGCGUUGCAUUUAACAGCAAUAUCUUAUCCAUGGCGAACCGAUUUAGCGACGAUAUUAUUAUGCGGUGGUGCGCACCUCGAUACCGUCAACAAUGACGGUCACACGUAUGAAUCAUUACUCGAUGAUAAAAUAAGAUUCAUGACACUUAAUCCUAUUAAAUACACGACUCUUAUGUGUUUAGCGGCCCGUGCUAUUCGUAAAAAUAAUAAUUAUAUUGAUAUCAAUAGGGUACCCGUUCAUUUGAGAGAUUUUGUUCUUCAACACUAG